AUGAUUAACUUAAUAGCAGUUUUAAUGGCAAUGGCGACUGAGGCGAGAAGUCAACUGGCAACAGGAUACCUACCCCCACCGGCCUGCCCCCAAAACUGCAUCCAAGUGUACGAUCCAGUGUGCGGUAGUGACGGACAAACAUACUCAAACGACUGUACACUUAUGGUGGCAGCUUGUGAUAACCCUGCACUCACGAAGAUAAGCGAUGGAGAGUGUGGAUCACAGCAACCGCAGUGCCCUGAAAUCUGUCCCCUGAUCUUCCUCCCCGUCUGCGGCAGCGACGGCGUCACGUACCCCAACCAGUGUUCCCUGGACAUCGCCAGCUGCAACGACCCUUCCAUCUUCAAGCAGUUCGACGGACCUUGUGAUUCGACCCAGGAACCCCAGUGUUCUGAAGCCUGUCCUUUCAACUACCUCCCUGUGUGUGGCAGUGACGGCGUUACGUACCCGAACCAAUGCUCUCUGGACGUUGCCAUUUGCAAGAACCCCUCCAUCUAUAAGGCAUUUGACGGCACUUGCGAAUAGAGUCUCUGGUGGAGCGAAGUACUAUUGAAAAGAAGUUAAGAUGGGAUAAAUAGUUGCCAAAAAUGUCCACAUUCGCUUCGCUUCUGCAAUAAUCAAAUCGACGUGUUUUUUCGACAAAUGAAUAAUCAAUUGUAUCUUUCAGCAUUAACAGAAAGCAUGAUAAACUGAUAUUAAAUUAAUGAAUUCCAAAUAAAAGCGUCAUGACAGAAAGCAUGGUAAAUUGAUAUUAAAUUAAUAAAUUCCCAAAUAAAAGCUACAAUUAAGUCUACAAGUACUGUUUAAAAUAUACGGAUGUGUGUAUGUAUGAAUGUUUACGUGUUAAUUAUGGGGUGGUAGAAGCCAUACACUAUUAGUCUUACAACAUUGUGUACCAGUGAUUUAGGAAACUGGUACCGGGCUGAUAAUUGAACAGGCUUAUAUGAAACACAAAUGUGUGAUAUAUCUUUUGUCUUGGUUUCCUGGUCACACC